AUAUCUAAAUUAACCCUUUUUCACUUCUUUAAAUUCCACAAAAUUAACAACUUAAUCAAAUUGCAGUAAUUAAAUUUCACUUCUUUGUCAUUUUUCUAUCUGUCCCUGUUAAUAUUUUCUAAUUAUAUGCAGAUUAGUCAAGGUUCUGUCUUGAUUUUUACUGAUUAUAAAAAAUGAAAUUAGUAGGAUUUUCUGGGGAAUUUCCAAUUGCUUUUCUCGAUUAUCUGUUGUUAGCCAGUGGAUUGUGAUAUGAUUAUUUGUUAAAGUUGGAAUUUAAUUGCAUUUCAUCAUGGAGAAUUGUAGUUUACCCUAGUAGCCUAAUUUUGGGGUAGCUAUGCUAUGGUGAUUAGCAAAGAAAUAUGUAAACUGAAGACGAAAUAUGACUAUGUUAUGUUAAUCAUACACCCAAGUCGUUGUCCCUAAAUAAUAUGUCACAUUUUCGUAAAGUAUUUCACUAAAUUAUAAUGUUUGUAUAAGGGGGUAGUUUUUUUGUGCGCUACUCAAAAUCAACAUAAGGUGUGCCAAAAUCAGUUUGCCGAGUUAAUGGAGGUGUGUUAAACUGCCUAAAAUCAAUAUAUGGUGUGUCAAAAUCAGUUUGCCAAGUUAAUGGAGGUGUGCUAAACUGCCUAAAAAAUCAAUAUAUGGUGUGUCAAAAUCAGUUUGCCGAGUUAAUUUGGCCUUUCACUUUGGUUUGGGAGGAAAGUGGUAUGAAAAGGCAAAAUUUUGGUACAUAAAGGUGUAGUAGUGGAAGAUAAGAAGGUAAAUUACAUGAAGAUUCCUGUGUUCUCAAAACUUGACUUGGUCUCUGACUCUUCUACAAACAAAGUAACUUGAUGAAUGAUGAUGAUUCUAAAACCAGGGUCUUUUUUACGCAAUGAUGAUUCAUGCAUAACCAUCUUGACUUAUUAGUAGUGUUUACACAACCAUGUUUUUAUGCAUAACCAUCUUGACUUAUUAAUAGUGUUUACACAAUCAUGCUUUAUGCAUAACCAUGACUUGAAUUGCUUUGCUGAUUCGUUUCUAUAAAUAUCCAAAACUAGAACUUGAUCCAUCAUUCACAUUUCACACAAUUGAAUUGAACCGUUUGAUUUUCAUCUGUUCAUGUUAGCCGACCCCCAAUCAUUUCGGGACUAAGGCUUGAUUUUCAGUUGUUGUUGUUGUUGUUGUUGCCACACAAAACAAGAAAUGGCUUGUUUUCCUCCCAUCAAAAACUGUUAUUAUCAACUCUUGUGUAUGCUUUCUUUGUUUUUGCUACCGUGCUUCGUGAUGAGUCUUAUCGAUGGCAAUGAUGCUAUCCGAUGUGUGGAAAACGAGAGGAAAGCCCUACUUCACUUUAAACACGAGAUUCAAGUUGACCGUUGUGGGUUGCUCUCUUCUUGGGGUGACCACCAAGAUUGCUGUCAAUGGGAGGGUAUCCGCUGCAGCAACCUCACGGGUCAUGUAGUAGAGCUGAAUCUACGUGGAAUACAAACAAACACCCUCAACCAUCGUUGUUUAGAAGGUACAAUUAGUGCUUCUUUACUUGACCUCAAGCAUCUUCAACACUUAGACCUUAGUUUAAACAAUUUUCAGCAACAAACCAUACCCGUCUUUAUUGGUUCACUUACCAGUUUAAACCAUCUAAACCUCUCAAAUGCUAAUUUCAAGGGAGAAAUUCCUCACCAACUUGGGAAUCUCUCCGAAUUAGAUUCCCUCGAUCUUAACUGUCGUGCUGAACUGAAUCCCUAUGAUCGCCCUUUCGUGAAAAGCUUAUGGUGGCUUUCCCGUUUAACUCUUUUGACAGACAUUAAUUUGAGUGGUAUUGAUCUUAGUCAAGUCACUGAUUGGUUCCAUAUUGUUAACAGCCUCCCUUAUCUAAGAGUCCUUAAAAUGAGCGAGUGUCAGCUUUCAGUAACAUAUCCACCAUCACUCUCGUACGUUAAUUCCUCGAAAACUCUCAGCAUAAUCAGCCUUUCUAGCAAUAAUUUCUUAUCCGCUGAAAUUUUCAGGUGGUUGUUUACUUUGAAGGGAAUUAGUUCAAGCUUGAUACACCUUGACCUCUCUUAUUGUUUACUCUUAGGUACUCUUCCUAAUGAUUUAGGUGGAAUAACCUCUCUUUCGUAUCUUGAUUUGAGUUUAAAUCUUCUUGGAGGUCCGAUUCCUAGCUCAAUUUGGGAUAUGCCUAAUCUUUCGUAUCUCUCACUAAGUUGGAACGCGUUCGGUGGGUCCAUCUCAUUUCCUGACAGAAUUUCCAGCCAUAACCUCACUCAUCUUGAUCUUUCUGGGAAUGGUUUUCAAGUCACUACUCUUUUGAAAUCUCUUGGUCAUUUAUGUGGCAUAAAAGAACUCGGGAUAACUAGCCAAAACCUCCCCUUUGAGUUUUCCACCAUUAUGGAAUCCCUUUCCGUAUGUUCACUCCACACACUAGAGUCUUUAGAUUUGAGUAACAACAUGGUUCAUGGUUCAAUUCCUGAUAUGAUCAGUUCAUUCUCUUCGUUAAGGGAGUUGUUUUUGUAUGGUAACCAAUUGAAUGGCACGGUUAGUCCAGCCGUUGGGAAACUUUCUAUGCUUGAGCAGUUGGAUCUUUCUUCUAAUACUUUGUCCGACACUCUUUCUGAACACCACUUUUCAAACCUGUCAAGGUUACGGACAUUGUAUUUGUCAGAAAACUCGGGUCUGGUUGUGAACAUCAGUGGUAAUUGGACCCCACCAUUUCAACUAGACUCCUUAACUCUUGGUUCCUGCAAGUUAGGACCUCAUUUCCCGAAGUGGCUUCAGACUCAAACCAAUUUCUCCUGGCUCGACAUCUCCAAUUCCGGGAUUUCAGGGCCCAUUCCUGUUUCGUUUUGGAAGUCAUUACCCUCAAAUCUACAACUUCUGGAUAUGUCUCGUAAUAAUAUUUACGGAGAAAUUCCAGAAGUUUCCAUCACCUUUGACUUCCUACCCCGGAUAAACUUGAGUACAAACCAUUUCAGUGGUGCAGUUCCAUCCUUUCUUGUAAAUGCUUCAAUGUUGUACCUAGACAAGAACAUGUUUUCUAACCUGAUUCCUUUCUUGUGCCCAAAAUCCAAAACCGCUAUAACUUUUUUAGACCUUUCAAGCAACUUAUUCUCAGGUGAACUCCCAGAUUGUUGGAAGUUUUUUGACCAAUUAACAACCCUUUACUUGGAUAACAACAAUCUCUCAGGAAACUUGCCACCAUCCAUCAGUGAACUGAACAACCUCCAAGCUUUACAUAUGCGCAACAAUAGACUUUCCGGUGAAAUAUCCAAACCUUUGAAGAAUUGUUCGUCGUUGGUUAUUCUUGAUUUGGCUAUAAACUCAUUGAGUGGGAAUAUACCACCCGGGAUUGGGACUAGUUUAAGAAAUCUCGGUGUUCUUAUCCUUCGAAGCAAUAACUUUGUCGGGGGUUUACCUUCUAGUCUUUGUAAACUUUCUUACCUCCAAAUCUUGGAUCUUUCAAACAAUCACAUCUCCGGAACCAUUCCAACAUGUGUAUACAAUCUUACAGGAAUGAGAAACAAAACCGAUCUUUUACCAGUCAUUGGUAAGACGGGGAUUUAUGGUUCAUCUGAUUCUGCUAAGCUUAUGUGGAAAAGAGAAGAACAGAGUUUUAGCAACUCUUUGGGUCUUGUAAAAUCCAUUGAUUUUUCAAACAACAUGCUAAAAGGUGAAAUUCCUGAAGGAAUUUCAUUUCUUACUGGUCUUGUUUCUUUGGAUUUAUCAGGAAAUGAUCUGAAUGGGAGUAUUACUCCUAAUAUAGGAGAGUUGACAUCAUUAGAACUACUUGAUUUGUCAAACAACAGACUUUCUGGUAAAAUCCCUGUAACUCUAGCCGAACUGAGUACUUUGGCGAUCUUGGAUUUGUCGAAUAAUAAAUUAUCUGGAAGAGUUCCGAUGGGUACUCAGUUACAAUCGUUUAAUGCUUCGGCGUAUUCUGGGAAUUCCGGGCUUUGUGGUGACCCGCUCCCCAAAUGUGCAGGGGAUAUACCAUCUGUUAGUCCAGUGAAUGGAAAUGGUAUCACUCAACAUAAGGAGAGUGAUGAUGUUUUUCCUGGGUUGUACAUAAGCGUGUUGCUCGGGUUUAUCGUAGGGUUUUGGGGAGUUUGUGGAACUCUGGUGAUCAAAACGUCGUGGAGGCGUGCUUAUUUCCGGUUCUUUGAUGACAUGAAAGAAAGGCUCUAUGCUGUUAUUACUGUGAAGAAAAGCACAGCUUCGAGGAAUUCUUGAACCUUAUUGGGGAGUGCUUUUGUUGCUGCAUGCCUGCAUGAGUUUCUUACAGUAUAUAACAACUCUCAUUUUUGCUAUUAGUAGCCAGUAAUCCAGUAUAUAUGGUCUUAGCAGAGAUGUCCUUAGCAGCUUGGAUUGUUCUUUAUCUGAAGAUCAACAUUAGGGUAAAUGCGAAUAUUAGAUUCUCCGUAGUAGAUUUUAGUUAUACUAGCUUCUAGUGGCGGAUCUUGGCCAAAAAAAGGGUUUGAAACCUCAACUCCUCAAGAUCUUACUGAAUAUAAGCACAUUCAAUCAAUUUGUCACUGGCAUUUUAUGUAUACUUGUAUUAUUUUUAGCUUGAAACUUAUCAUGGGUUAGCUUCUUGUAUCAUUGCAAGGAAGAAUGUAGUAUGAGUUUUACGCAAUUUUCCGUUUUUCAUAGGCGGAAAAAGUAGUGAUGAUCGACAACAUUCAAUCUCAAAUCUUAUGUACCAUCGGAAA